AUGUGCAAUACACUAGAUAGUUUAGAACGAGAGGUCCGAAUUCAAAUUAAAAUAUCACAGAUGCUCUUAGGACUCAUCUUAGGAUCAUUACUCCUUUUAGGCUUUUCCGAUUCCCAUGUUAAUAGUGCUAGAAGACAACGACUGACUCAGCAAAUUCGACGUUUUCAUCACAAAUCAAGGUGUGACAAAAAUCAUUCUUGUCAUCAACUGCCACACAGAAGUCUUGACUACUUCUCUGUACUAAAUUUUGGUUACGGACCAGCAUAUCCAAGAAGUUGGCCACGUGCUUGUAUCGAAGGUAAACACCAGUCACCAAUUGAUCUUCAGAAUGCCGAAAAAGCAGGAAAAGAUAGUAUGGUUUAUGGUCGUUAUUACGACGUCAGCGGACCGAUAUGGAUUGAGAACAAUGGACAUACAAUAAAAAUUAGCGGUUUCGAAAAAUGGGGAAAGUAUCACCCUUAUGCAGCAAAUUAUGUUGAUGGGUACCGUAAAAUAUAUCAGCUGAAACAGAUUCUGUUUCACUGGGGACCAACAGAGCUCUUUGGAAGUGAGCACACAUUUGGCGGAUACCACAUGGAAUUAGAGAUUCAGUUUGUACAUCAAAAAAUACAUUUUCGUGGAUACAAAAAAAGCAACGAGUUUUUGAUUAUUGCUAUUUUGGGAACAUCGCUUUUGUAUAACGAAACUAAUCAAGUUUCAUCACUUUCCGGUAUACCUCGAUUCUUAUGGAAGCUUCAAAAACCUGGUCUUCGAGUAUUAAAAAGAGCUGGGCCGUUGCUAGACAUGUUUCCUGAGGAUACCUCUGCUUUUUACUACUACAACGGAUCUAGAACUGUUCCAAAAUGCGAAGAGGAUACGACUUGGGUAGUUCUUGAUAGUACCGUCAAUCUUGCAGCGGAACAGGCUUUAGUAAGCUUUGGGAAUGUUUAUCUGAAAGAUUUUUUCUUUUCAACACUAUGCCACAUGGGUUUUGAUGCAUUACUCCUGCCCAAUUAA